ACUCCUUUUUCUCAAUCUUUCCUCAUUUGCUCACUCACAUUCUCCACUUGUGGAACUCUGGCGAAGUCUCCAACUGAAUUAAAGAAAAGGAAAGAGAGUUUUGUGCAGCAACGAAACCCCAAAAGCCAUGGCCUUGGAACCUUCUGAGUCAUUCAUUCACACGACGAUUUUUGGGUCACUAUUUAUCUUCUUUACUUGUUACUUUCACUUGAUCCUUUUUUUUUUUUUUUUUUCCUACGCGUCGUUAGUUGUGAAAGUGGAGAGCUUUAGAUUAAUUCCCACAGUAAAAGCUUCCAAUUUUAAUUCUCAUAGCGAAUUUUCACCACAGGUCAACCUCAAAUUUGGGGAAUUCUAGAUUUUUUACUCGUCUAUUUUCGUCUGUAUCUGAUGAUGUGCUAAUUCACCGAUAUCGGUUUACCAAUUUGAUUCUUUAAGUAGAGAAGAUGACCAUUUUUUUUUUUUUUUUUUUCUGUUUGGUGCUGUAAAACUCACUAAGCUUAGAUUAACUUUCACGCAUUCUGCCUUUGCUUGGUCAAGUCGAUGUGUUAGUGACUUUUUGGUGGUUUUUUCUUCUUCUUUUUAUUUUAUGAUAAAGGUUGGGCAGAUUGGUGAAGAAGUUGGUUUCAGAGGAUGUGGUGUCUGUCCUGCUUUCAACGUCCUUCCACUAAACAUGAUCCCUCUCAGGAUUGUUUUGAAGCAGAAACUAAUAUUGUUACAGCUAUUUCACUGUAUGAAGAUGUCAUUUUACGUCAGAGAAGUGAUCAGAUUGAAUGGGCCAUUCAAGAUAGCUUCAAGCCCCAAGAAACUACUAGUUGUCGUCAGCGUCAGCGAGAGGAGGACGAUCAGAUAGCGCGUGGUCUGCAAUACGUGGAAGAAACUGAGCUUGAUAAAUCUGUGGUGGACGAAGAGGAGCAGCUUUCUAAGAUUGUUGACGAGAGUUUGAAAGAGAAAGGCAAAAGAAAGCAGCAAUCUGGAGAUGAUCAAGUGGAAAUUGACGAACAACAUGCUCUAAUUGUUCAGGAGAGUCUAUACAUGGUGGAGCCUCCUCCUCGACUUGAAGAAGAUAAAAACAUGCCCCCAAUACCUCCGCUGAAUGAAGAUGAGCAGCUUCAGAAGGUUAUUUGGGAAAGUUCCAAGGGUAAGGGCCAAAUAGAGCAUUCCAAAGAUCCAGUGGAAGAAGAUGAAAUUCUUCCAAGGCCAUAUCUCAACGUGAACCAUCCUCGUAGCAUAUGUCGUGGCUGCAACUCUGCGAUUGAAUAUGGAAGAUCUGUUAAUGCCUUGGGUGUUAAUUGGCAUCCUGAAUGUUUCUGUUGUCUUUAUUGCGACAAACCAAUCGCUAUGCACGAGCUUUUAAACACAAAAGGGAGGUGUCAUAUAACCUGCUACAAGCAGCGUCACCCAAACUGCUAUGUCUGCAAAAAGAAGUUUCCUUCAACCGAGGAAGGUAGAGAGUAUAAACAACAUUCCUUCUGGAAAGAAAAGUACUGCCCUUUUCAUGAAGUUGAUGGAACUCCCAAGUGUUGCAGUUGUGAAAGAUUAGAGCCCUGGGGAACGAAGUAUGUAAUGCUUACUGACAAUUGGUGGCUAUGCGUAAAAUGUAUGGAAUGCGCAGUUAUGGAUACUUAUGAAUGCCAACCUUUGCAAUUUGAAAUCCGUGAAUUCUUCGAAAGCCUAAACAUGAAGGUUGAGAAAGAAUUUCCUCUUCUUUUGGUGGAGAAAGAAGCGCUGAAUAAAGCUGAGGUGCAAGAAAAGAUAGACAAUCAGCAUGGGACGGUAACCAGAGGUAUUUGCUUGUCUGAAGAGCAGACUGUCAAUAAUGUCUUAAAAAGGCCAAACAUGGGGCCGAACAACGAGCUAGUGGGCAUGGUUACAGAAUCUCAAAGGGUUAUUGGUGGUUGUGAGGUCAUUGCAAUUCUUAUCAUUUAUGGACUGCCUAGGUUACUAACUGGAUAUAUCUUGGCUCAUGAGAUGAUGCAUGCUUGGCUAAGACUCAACGGUUAAAGGAAUCUGAAGAAGGAAUAUGCCAAGUGCUAGGCCACAUGUGGUUGGAGUCACAGACAUACUCCACUUCUGCAGCUGCAUCAUCAGCUUCUUCUUCUUCUUCGAGCACUCCAGCUGCUAGUGCAACAAAAAAAGGUGCUCAAUCUGAUUACGAGAAGAAACUGGUGGAGUUUGCAAGAAUCAGAUAGAAACAGACGAUUCACCGGUCUACGGUGUUGGAUUCAAGAAAGUUAACCAGAUGGUCUCAGACUCCAGCCUCCAUAAAAUCUUGAAAAGUAUUCAACAUUCGAAGAAACCAGAUUCAAAUCUUUGAAGCAGCUAAUAUAGGACACAUCGAAACAUACCCCUCUUGUCUAUAAACAUAUAUAUACAAACGCACGAUACGAAGUACAUUUUAUGGAAGCUGGAUACAAAGAGUUCAUGUCUAUAAACUUAUGAGUUAUGUCUGGUUUUUAUUUUUGGAUCCAAGGUACAAUUAUGUCUUUUUAAAGAAAAGACUUUAAUAGGAAAAUAGACAUGACCAAUUGACCAUGUCCAAUUA